GUCAAAAUCCGGAAAUUUAAAAGAUUCUGCCACAUCAACCACAAGAGUUGAACCAAUAGGCGAAUCUGGCACGAGUCGGCCACACUCCCGGAAAUUUGAGAACUCUCUCUCUCUCCCUCACUGUUGGAGUUACGAGGUUGGAUGAUAUUUAUUGGAGGUGGAUACUGGCGUAGAGAUGACGAUGGGUUCAUCCUCAAUUUGUGUGGUUACUAAUCAGGCAACACUUUCAAAUUAUGCCAUUCAGACAGCUAAUACCUCAAAUUUUAGAUCCACCAACUUUUUGGGGAAGUUCACUUAUCAGCCAUCUAUACUUCACUUAAAAGAGCUAGUUUUUAGGGAUAAAAUUGCUCAACUCUUAAAAAGACAACGAAGAAACCCAGCUCCGACGACGAUUGUCUUUGCUAUUCCAAAUGAGAAUGAUGAAGCUGAAAGAGGCAUUUCUCAUACUUUCACUGAUGAUCAGAUGCUUACAGCUUCAGAGAAUAAUGGGAAUUUUAAAGAUCCUGGGGAUGAAGUUGUUGCUAGCUUAUCACAGUUAGGAUCAGGCCUCUCUCAAAAUGCUGUUAGCCUGGAGAACCAAGCAGACCUUCUUGAUAAGCUAAAGGCUGUUCAAUUACAUGUAUUAGCAAUGGAACAAUGGAAUGCUUCUCGACUUAAACUGUGUCACAGAAAAUAUUUGGUGAGUGCUGCAAACUUAAUACAUUAUUUGGCAUUAAAAUGCCUUGAUGUUGAGCAGCUUAAAGAAGAUCUUUCUUCCAUUGGACUUCUGAAUUUAGAGACCAUUAAUUCCCAUGUCCUUGCAAGUCUUUCUGCUGGUACGCAGAUGUUAGAAAACUUGAAAUCUAACUCUUUAGAUAGAAAAGAGAGUGUAGUUGAAGGGAUUUUCACUCAAAAGAGUUUGGAUAUACAAAAAAAGGGGGAAUUCACAAUUAAUGUAAUGAGGGAAAAGGCCUGCUUUAAUAGGGAGUCGCUAUUGGGUCCACUGCAAGAAGAGAGAACUACUCAUAUCAUGGUAACAGUUGGCCAGGAAGUGCUAGAAAGUGAAACACUUAUAACUGAUCUUGUCACAACCGGAACCACUAUUAUCCGUAUCAACUGCGCACAUGGAAACCCAAGUGUAUGGAGUGAGAUAAUCAGAAGGGUGAAAAGAAGUUCUCAAAUGCUGGAGAAACCAUGUCGAAUUCUCAUGGAUUUAGCUGGACCAAAGCUCCGAACAGGUAAGCUGAAGGCUGGUCCUUGUGCAAUGAAAAUAUCUCCUAAGAAGAAUGCUAGAGGAGAAGUGAUCUUCCCUGCUCAAGUUUGGCUGUGUCCCAAACAAGCAGGCCCACCACCUGCUAAUUUAUCUCCUGAUGCUGUCAUCUCUGUAGAUGGUCAAGAAUUUCUCAGUAAGCUUGAGUUAGGUGAUGCUGUGAAAUUUUUUGAUGCUAGAGGAAAGCAAAGGAUACUAAAGAUCUCGCAGAAGUUUCCUGUGUUUUCUGGUGUUGGGUUGAUGGCAGAGUGUUCAAAGACUGCUUAUGUGCAGUCAGGAACGGAAUUGUAUAUUAAGGGAAAGAAAGGGAAGUUCACUGUAGGACUCAUGGUAGAUAUCCCCGCUGUAGAGCCGUUUGUCAGAUUGAGAGUUGGAGACUUGCUAAUCAUAUCACGAGAUAGCUCAGAUGAUCAAAUUGCAUCAACUGGAGCCACAAUUGGUGCUCACAAGAUAACUUGUUGUUCUGGGUAUCUUUUUGAUUCAGUGAAACCUGGACAGCCCAUUGCUUUUGAUGAUGGUAAGAUAUGGGGUAUGAUACAAGGAACUAGUAUUUCAGAGAUUAUUGUGUCAAUCACUCAUGCAGGUCUGAGAGGUACUAAACUUGGCUCAGAAAAGUCCAUUAACAUCCCAGAGAGCAAUAUUCGGUUUGAAGGCCUCACUUCAAAGGAUCUCAAGGAUCUUGAUUUUGUUGCUUCUCAUGCUGAUAUGGUGGGGGUAUCAUUUGUUCGAGAUGUUCGUGACAUCAUUGUGCUUCGCCAAGAGCUUGAAAAACGGAGACUUCAAAACUUGGGGAUUAUUUUAAAAAUCGAGACAAAAGGAGGGUUUGAGAACUUGCCCCUUAUGUUAUUGGAGGCCAUGAAGUCCCCAAAUCCUUUAGGGGUUAUGAUUGCCAGGGGAGAUCUGGCAGUGGAGUGUGGGUGGGAAAGGCUGGCUGAUAUACAGGAAGAAAUUAUAUCCAUUUGUAGUGCUGCUCACAUACCAGUCAUCUGGGCAACUCAGGUGCUGGAGUCGCUUGUCAAGUUUGGUGUGCCCACAAGAGCUGAGAUUACUGAUGUGGCCAGUGGAAGGAGGUCAAGUUGCAUCAUGUUGAACAAAGGGAAACAUAUCCUCGAAGCUGUAUCGACAUUGGAUAACAUUUUGCAUGGCAACUCUACAAAGGUGAAAGCUGAAUUAAGGCCUCUGAUAAUAUCCAAUCACCUAUUUUAAUUCAUUUUAUCGUCUCUGGCUAUUUUGGUUGUGUUCCCAGCCGUCUGAUUUCCAUGUAUGAUAACACCACCAAGAGUUUUUUUUUUUUUUUUGCUCCUAUGUAAUCUAGGAAACUUAAGGCUUGGUUGGAUUUGGUUUAUGUGAUCUAGGGAACUUAACAAUAUUUUAGAUACCUGAGGCUCUACGUAAUCUAUUUUAGAUACCUGAGGCUCUGUACAUACAUAAUUUUUGUAAUCUAGGGAAUUUUAUCUACUUUUUGGAUGGGUUUGUAGGUGCAAUUUUGCCAACUCAAA